AUCAACACAUGGUGAUCCACACUGGAGAGAAACCAUACACAUGCACUCAGUGUGGGAAGAGUUUUACCUGCUCAUCAUACCUUAAUCAACACAUGAGGAUCCACAAUGAACAGAAAACCUCUCUGGACAGUUAGUAAAAUAUAGACCAAUCGCUCGCUUUUUAAAUGUCUGAUCAUCUUGUUUAAUCCGGCUCCUUUUCACAGCGCUGUACAACAGAAUUUUGCAUGCUCAAAUUCUAGUGUGACCGCAGCUUCGAUGUGGGAUGAGUUUUCGCAGCUCCCCAGACCUUUAUUAAACACACGAAGACCCACACUGGAGGGAAACCAUUCACAUCUACUCAGUGUGGGAAGAAUUUCAACCAAUCACCAAACCUCAAUGAACAUGAAGAUCCACACUGGUGUGAAAGAGUAUAUGUGCCCAGAAUGUGAGAAAACUUUUAUUACAGCUACAAAACUGCACCAGACAAUUCACACUGGAGAGACCGUACAAGUUUUUAAACUGUGACGAGGUUUAAUCAGUUAAUCUCAAAACACAAAAGAGGAUUCACACUGGAGAAAAACCGUACAGAUCUGAACAGUGUCUACAGAGUUUCACUCAUUCGGCUCAGCUUAAGAAACACAUGGACAAAACGUUGCACACAUGACAUGAAUGUAGCAAAAUAUGUUCUCAUGUGCACAGGAUGUUUCAUGUCUGAAUAAUGUUUGCUCAUAAUAUAAUUCUUAUAAUGAUAAUAAUUCCUCAUGGCAAAAAAAUGCAGAUACUUAAACUCCAUUUGAGGUAAGGACUUUCUGCCAAACUGGAGGUGGCCACUGUUUUCCAGUCAAGCAUUAUGGUUUUUGACUUAGAGGUGCUGUUUCUUUCCCUGCCAUGUCACACUCAGCAGCAAACCGUCCCACUGCAUGCUGAAGAUCCAUGUCCAGAGUACCCCCGGGGUCUUAAAAUCAUUGAAAAACCCUUAAAUUUCAUAAUCUUAAAUUAAGGCCUUAAAGAGCAUAUUGUAGGUUAAUUUUUUUAUAUAUAUAUAUAUGGAAAAGUGUGUUAAAAUAUCAUGUUAUACCAUAACAUAACAUAUUGAAAUGUUUUUGAAAGCGCAAGGGUACAAAAUGUAAGGAAAAGUGUCUGUUUCUGACCCUCUUCUUGGAAAACUACAAUCACGUACAUGACGUCAGAACAGGGACUUAUAAGCUGCGCUCUGCCUGAGAACUGUGCAGAGUAGGUUGGUAGUUAGCAGGAUCGGUUUUACGUAAGUGUGUUUUUGGUAGCGAGUAGUGUAAGUGAUCAUCAUCAUGGUAAAUUAUUGUGUUUGUGGAGGCUGCACAAACUCUGGCACGUCAGGACAUCGAAUCCACAAGUUUCCUGACAGGAAAAAGGAUGGAGCCCUCUUUUGCGCUUGGUUGCACUUUGUGCAGGUAAAGAGGCGCGAUUUCACUUCAGCAUCUGUUUCGAAAAACUCGGUGGUGUGUGGUGCUCAUUUUCGAAAGGAAGAUUAUUGUCCUGGCGAUCUGAUGCAGUUUGAAAAGGGAUGCCGAAACAAGAAUCGCGUCAGACUCCAAGCUGGCGCGGUUCCUUCGGUGCACACUGCGCCUUCGUCAGGCCCGCCUUCCACCUGUCGUUCUCCCACUGGUGGGAAACAUGCUCUUCACGGAUCAGUCAGAGAUGGAGCUCGACGAAAACGUGAAUUGUGCACGGUAAGACUUGUUUAUAUAUUUAUAUGUAAGCAUAUUUGAAGACUUACAAAUCAGUAAUCAUAACUAUUUCAGUAAUUCGAGGCAAUGUGAUCUGUUUACAUUAUACUACAGCAUCGUAACGAGCAUUAAUCCAUGUAAUACAGACUUUUUCAAAGCCGAUUAAUAAUUUAUUGUCAUGUGUUGCGUUUAUAAGAUUUUGGAGGAUGCUCAUGCUGCAAGAAAUGAAGGGAUAGAUGCAUCUGCAGCCAGUUAUGCUGUGCUAGCUGACGUGGAGCACGAGGUUUUCUCUCCACUGUCUACUCGUUCCUCUGUGCUUCACUUUGGCUCACAGUGUAACCUUAGACCUUCACUUCAUUCAUCAGGUAUAUUACCAUUGUUCCCUUGUCUAAGUAAUUAUGCAUGGCACUUACCUAUUUGUUUACAUAAAAUACAAGGAAAAAAUAAGUGACAAAUUAUUACUCAAAUAUUUGUGUGUGAUGCUGAAAUGUUUAACCUCCAUUUAAAAAUUUUUUUUGAAUUUGUUUAUUUAGACCUUGUCACAGUUGUUUAAUUAUGCAGUAAUUUUACAGUAAUCAGUACUUCAGACAGUUGUUUGAUUUUGCACUUGGCAGUGAAUAUGCUGUUUCACAACUAUGUAAAGCUGGACAUUGUGUUUGUUCUAGCUGUUGUGAUGUUUGAUGGGUCAGAUGACAUUAAUCAUGUGAGACACAAAAGAUCACUGAUGUAUUCUGAUAUUCCUAUGCGUAAAAGCACAACUCUUAGUGAUGAAGUGAAACGUAAGAGACCGAACAGGCGGCUGGCAGAGGGCCCGCCGAAUCAACAAACCAGCUGGACGAACUCUCUGUGAACCCUUAGGUACUUCAAGUUACCCCCUCCCUUGUACUUUAGAUGAACCCCCUCCUCGUACUUCUACCGAGCUCUCUACCCAGCUCUUUGCCGAGCUCGAACACCUAAAUCUGGGGCAUAACUGAGGGAAGUGAGGCUGAUAUUAAAAAGGCCCAUGUAUUGAUUUCUAUGUACUCAUAUAUCUGUCUUCAUAUUGUUCAAGUGAUUUAGCAUGCUCCUUGAAUGUAUGAGUUAAGUAGUUUUUGCAUGAUUUAUGAACACUAUUAUAUGAGACACUGAGUAUAAAAGCUAACUUGUACUCUUCAGCUUUGCGCUUCCCGACUUCUGUUCAUUGAGGUUGGUUGCCCUUUGUCUCUAACGGGAGGCAAAGUAAGGAUUUCUUGUUUUCUGUUUGUCUUUUGUUUGUUCUACUUUUUCACUGGAUUUUAUUUUAUUAAUAAAAGUGUAUUUUAUUAAUUUUCUUCACUGGAGUGGACUUUGACUUCAUUUUCCAGAACCCAUCUAAGUUACCCUGUGUGGGUGAUUAAAUAAAGGGAAAUCAGCACACUGUCCAAGCAAAGCCUAAAAUGUUCAGUGUGGGGACUCAGACAGAAAUGUGUACGCAACAAACAUCAACCCCACUGGCCAGCCCUGUACAGAGCGAUGAGGAAUCUGUUGUGAUGGAAGAACCUUAUGAUGUUUCAUGGAUGCCAGAGGAGGAAAUGACAAUUGACACAUCUACUGAGGAACCAGUGCCAGAAUCUCAUCCUGACUCAAAUGCUCCUGACAAGUUUAUUGUGUGCCUGAGCCAGCUGAUGUCUUUAUUUGCAAUAUGUCCAACAUGUUGUGAGGACACACAAGGAAAGAUUGUGAAGCAGGAGGGAACUUUUGUAAAAAUUCAGCAGGUCUGUGCAGCAUGUGGCUUUCAGCGUUUUUGGCAGAACCAGACAAUGCUGCAUCGAAACAUGCCAGUCUGUAACCUUUUACUGAGUGGGGCCAUCCACUUUACAGGUUGCAUGGCUACCCAGACCUUCAGGAUACUAAAACUCUUUGGCCUUCAGAGCAUAAGCGUAGACACCUUUUUCCGCCACCAGCGGUUGUACACAAUACCUACCAUUGUGCAUGCGUGGCAGAAUGAACAGGAAGGGGUCAUUCGAGACCUGAAUGAGAUGAGUGGUGGCCUGAUCCUGUAUGGUGACUGCAGAUCAGAUUCUCCUGGCCGUUGUGCUAAAUAUGGCACAUACUCUUUGAUUGAGGACAGAAUUAACAAGGUUUUAGACAUUCAACUUGUCCAGAGCUCUGAGGUUCCAAGUAGCUCUUGGUGUGAGCUGGAAGGUCUAAAGCGCAGCAUAAGGUUUUUGAAUGAGAAACGCAUGCAUGUGUCAGCCCUCAUCACAGACAGAAAUCGCCAGGUCGCUAAGUGGGUGCGGGAGGAGCUUUGUCCAAAUGGAACGAGCCAUUUCUUUGACAUCUGGCAUAUUGGCAAAAGUCUAGGGAAGGCUUUGGAUGCUGCUGCAAAGGAUAGAGAGUGUGAAGAUUUAAAGCUGUGGAGGCCAGCUGUAAUUAAUCACCUCUACUGGACAGCAGCCUCCACUCCUAAUGGAGAUGCAGAUGUGAUGGAGGCCAAGUGGAAAAGUAUAGUCAACCAUAUUCAGGACAUCCACCAACACGACAGUCCUGUGUUCCCCUGCUGUGCACAUCCACCUCUGGAAGAGGAAGCAAGGAACAAGGAGUGGCUGGAACCAGGAUCAACAGUAGCAGUUAAACUGGAGGGUGUGGCCAUGAGACAAGCACUGGUUAAGGAUAUUCGGCAGCUGUCACCACAGCAUCAAACAUUUUCACUGGAGGCAUUUCACUCCCUUAUCCUGCACUUUGCACCUAAGCACACUGGAUUCUCCUUCCUUGGGAUGUACAGCAGACUUCUCCUGGCAGCCAUGCACUUUAACCACAAUGGUAGCAGAGAAGUUGCUCGAACCAGUGAUGGUGAGCUGUGUUACGGGGUUUGAUACCCAAGGUUCCGCAAAGGUGGCUGGGUAGUCCGUCCUGUUAAGGAAAAACCAUCAUACGCAUAUGCAUCAGCCCUCAUAAAGUCUCUGACAGUGGAAUACUCGAGGUCACCACAGACUUUACGUGAGCGAAGCAGUUCUUUGUUAUCAAGUUGUCCUGCGCCCCUUUCCAGAUCCCUCCAGAGGAUUAACAAAAAAGAGGCUGUUGGAGUGUAUCUGGCACAGCAUUCACGUUUUAGCAAACAUUAAAUAUUUUAAUGUAGACAUUAGCAUGUCUUUAAAGUAUUUAUUAAAAACAUUUAAGUGCUGUUUAACAGUUAAACAUUUUUAAUUAAGAUAAUGCUGUUUUGAUAACUAACAAGAUUUUACAAAAUAAUUAAUAGUAGAAUAAAAACAAAAUUCAAACAA